GGAACCAACUUGUGUUUGAAAACAAAGACUUGAAUGGGAAUCGGAAUGUUUUGUCUCUCUAUCUGAAGAAAAUAUGCGCCUUCCUCAAUGAGAUUCUUCUGAAAUAGGUUGACAGCUAUUAGGCGAACCCCAUUUAAACUGGGGCGUAUUCAUUACGCCGAUUCUGUUGCAAAACUUUUCUUAAAAGUAAGCAAACGGAACGGAACGAAACGGGGAGGGACCUACCUGAAUUUCUCCAAUAGAAACUCUGUUUGGACUAAUGAUUACAACCCAGGUAGCAGCAGAAUGGCUGAAAAAUACAGGCAGAGUCGCUAAUUGCACUAUUCAUUUUGACUCAAAGGAGUUAGACAAUACCAUACCGAUGGUUUGCAGUCAACCCUCCAUGUCUGCUCCAACGAAUUGUACAUUUACAUAGGCAAUUGAAGGCUGGCAAAUCAAGUAACGUGUGGUGCAUUCCAUUAUUCACGGUGGGAUGUCAUCGACUUCUAUUGCGACAUAGUUAGUAAUCAUUGUGUUUGCCGAAGGCUGUUGACACUUCAGGGUGUUAUGAUGGGUGAAGUGACGGACGCCAGGGAAAUUAAAAAUACCUUUAUUGUUCCCGCAAUAAAGUCUUCCGGUCACUAUGAUUGUUCUCGAGCAAAAAUCUACUGUAGCCUCACGUGGCUGGUGGCCAAAGCAUUUGGGACAGACAGUGUCCCGGCCGACCUGAAGGAGCCCUUCUACACAGACCAGUAUGAACAGGAGCAUCUGAAGCCUGCCGUAGUCAGCCUACUGCUGUCUGCUGAGCUCUACUGCAGAGCCGGGAGCCUCAUCUUGACUAGUGGAGGUCACGAUGCUGUCACCCAGCCCCUGGUUGGUCGCGAUGCUGUCACCCAGCCCCUGGUUGGUCGCGAUGCUGUCACCCAGCCCCUGGUUGGUCGCGAUGCUGUCACCCAGCCCCUGGUUGGUCGCGAUGCUGUCACCCAGCCCCUGGUUGGUCGCGAUGCUGUCACCCAGCCCCUGGUUGGUCACGAUGCUGUCACCCAGCCCCUGGUUGGUCACGAUGCUGUCACCCAGCCCCUGGUUGGUCACGAUGCUGUCACCCAGCCCCUGGUUGGUCACGAUGCUGUCACCCAGCCCCUGGUUGGUCACGAUGCUGUCAUCCAGGCCCUGGCCCAGAAGGGACUCCACGUCACAGACCAGACGAGGCUGGUUACUGAGAGAGACCUCCGCAAGAGGCCCCUACAGAUGAGUGCCCACCUGGCGAUGAUGGACACGCUGAUGAUGGCGUACACGGUGGAGACGGUGAGCGUGGAGAAGGUGGCGGCGUGCGUCCUUCGGUACUCCUCCCACCACGAUGAAGAUGCAGACGCACCGUACGACACAGAGGACGCCGUGACCAGCUGGAUCAACAAGGUAAAUGAGUAUUUGAAGGAUAUCAUUGGUCAGGAGCGGAGGAGAGAAAGGAAGAGAGCUGAGCUUGUUGGCAGGCCUGGGACUCGCUACAGGAAGGAGCAGCAGACUGUUGCCCAGCAGGGGCCCUGGAUCCCCCCUGUCGAUAACCUGCUGAAGGACACCGUGGAUGGCUGCGCCCUGGUCGCUCUGCUGCACUUCUACUGCCCACAGCUAAUCAGACUGGAAGAUAUCUGUCUGAAGGAGUGCAUGUCGCUGGCCGACAGCCUGUACAACCUGCAGCUGGUGCAGGACUUCUGUCGGGAGCAUCUGGACCGGUGCUGCCACUUCAGCCUGGAGGACAUGGUGUACGUCUCCUCGUCCCUCAAAAAUAACUACCUUGUGUUCCUGGCCGAGCUGUUCUGUUGGUUUGAAGAGGUGAAACCCUCCUUUGUACAACCACGAGUUCUGGAAACUGAAGAGCCAGCCCUCACAUCGUUGCGGAACAUUCCCUCAGUUCCCAUCUCCAAUGUCACCAAGAAGAGCUUCAUGGAGAGACCGCCCAGCCCAGAACCACCCAGUCUGCCUCUCCGGCCUCAACCUAGGAACUCGGGUGAAAUGAAGAGAUCGACCUCAAUGUCCUUUGUGGACGUAGGAACCUGGUCCAAGGAGAAAAGGUCUGGGCCUUACGGGGUAUCCUUCGACAUUCCUUUCGACAAAGAGGACGCCCAGACGUCUACUCCCCCCGGCCAUGCCGUGACUCGCUCUACCAGCACAGAGGGCUUCAAGAUCCACCAAAUGCCCCGGGGCAUGAAAAGGAUCCUGUCCUUCCAGCCCAUCAAUGGGCAGGGCAUGGGCAUUGAGGAGGAGGGCUGCCCGGACAGCUUAGCAGGCCCCGAUCUGCCAAGACAGCCUGGCAGACCGCAACCCAAUGGCUCCUCAGACCUGGAUGGGCAUGGAAAAGGAGCAGCCAUACCCAGCAUAGAGGAGGCCCUGCAGAUCAUCCACAACAUCGGGAGGAAUCCCCCACAAUGCUCCCUGACGGAGGGUAUCAACCAUGGCUUCUUCCUGCACAGUCAAAACCGAGGAAGAGGUGUAGUCGGCCUGCACCCCAAGGCCCAACAGGAGA